AUGGAGAGACCCCAGGGGCAAUGGGGCCCCGGGCCGGGAUCUCUCCAGGACGGGGGACUGUACCCGCAGCAACAGCAACAACAGCAACAGCAGGGCUCCUCCUCGUCCGGCAGUCCACAGCAGGCCUGUGGUCCCCCUGUCGAGGGAGAAAGCGGUCCCCCGCCUUCGUUGGCCUCUCCCGUGCCCUCACCGUAUCCCUCGGCACCGCCUGAGCCUCAAGCCUUAACCCCACCUGACGACGAUAUACAAUCGAAUCAAGCCACCUCUCAACAGCAACAACAGCAACAGCAGCAGCAGCAACAGCAACAACAGCAACAACAACAGACGCAACAGCAAGUUCAGCAGCAGCAGCAGCAGCAACAGCAGCAAGUUCAGCAGCAGCAGCAGCAACAGCAACAGCAGCAACAACAACAGCAACAGCAACAACAGACGCAACAGCAAGAUCACUCGCCUCAACAGCAAUUAACGCCGCACGAGGUGGACCGGAGCGAUUGCUUUCCCGGUGCUGGAGAACUGCAGCAGUAUCCACAGCACUAUUUCAAGGAUGCGAGGCCGCAUCCGUCGCCGUCGGUACCCCCGCACAUGCUCACUCCCGGCGGUUUCUCCGCGUUACACUAUCUCAAGCAGCCGGGCGUGAUGCUGACGUCCCUCGGUCAGGGUGACGGCGGACCCAGCCUGGACGCCCACCAAUACGCAAGUCCCGGGGCACCGAACAUGGCGACUGGGUUGCCGGAUAUCGUGCAACAGAGCGGCAAGUCCGGCAAGGGGGCGAACAGCGAUCUGCGUUUGUUCAAAUGUCUGACGUGCGGGAAAGACUUUAAGCAAAAGUCGACGCUGCUUCAACACGAGCGGAUCCAUACGGACAGUCGGCCAUACGGGUGUCCAGAGUGCGGGAAGCGGUUCAGGCAACAAUCGCAUCUAACGCAGCACCUGCGCAUACACGCGAACGAGAAGCCGUAUGCUUGCGUGUACUGCGAGCGUACGUUCCGGCAGCGUGCCAUCCUCAACCAGCAUCUGCGCAUCCACUCGGGUGAGAAGCCAUACCAAUGUCCGGAGUGCGGAAAACACUUCCGUCAGAAGGCGAUCCUGAAUCAGCACGUCCGCACACACCAAGGCGAGCAUUUCUCUCUGCCUCCCAGACUCCCAGAGGGCGUCCACCACACUGACCCAUUCACCGACGUGAGUCCGCAUCUGAUCUUCAAGAAUGGAAUGACGCCGACACUCUGGCCGCAGGACGUACCGUUUCCACCGGAGGAAGGCAAAGAGGAGGUAGGAUCGACGUUCGGCGACACGGACACACAGUCGGGUGCGUUCAGCCCGGCGCCGGACGCCAACUCGAUCCAGUAUCCAGCAUACUUCAAAGACCCGAAGGGCGGGAAUCACGCGGUUUUCGGUGCUGGUGGCACCGGUAGCUUCGGUGCUCUCCAGUAUAUCAAGCAACAGGGCGGCAGCAAGAGCUGUCUGCCGGACGUGAUACAGCACGGCCGCUCCGCGGGGAUGCCGCUGUACGUGCGAUGCCCGAUCUGCCAGAAAGAGUUCAAGCAAAAAUCGACGCUACUGCAGCACGGCUGCAUACACAUCGAGUCGAGACCGUAUCCUUGCCCAGAGUGCGGCAAAAGGUUCAGGCAACAGUCGCACUUGACCCAACACCUUCGCAUCCACACGAACGAGAAACCGUACGGCUGCGUCUACUGCGGCCGUAAUUUCCGUCAGCGUACCAUCUUGAAUCAACAUUUGCGCAUCCAUACCGGCGAGAAGCCGUACAAGUGUCAACAGUGCGGCAAAGAUUUCCGUCAGAAAGCGAUACUGGACCAGCACACGCGCACCCAUCAGGGCGACCGGCCCUUUUGUUGCCCGAUGCCAAACUGCAGGCGGCGUUUCGCCACCGAGCCCGAGGUGAAGAAACACAUCGACAACCACAUGAACCCACACGCGGCCAAGGUGCGUAGGAACUCAAGCAGCGACUCGAAACCGCCGGGCACACCGGCUGGUUUAGGCCCUGUCCCCGUGCCGAGGGGACUUACGCCAACCGUGGUGAAGCCAGAGCUCUACUUCCCGCAGUGUUACGCGCCCGCGUUCAAUCAUCAACCGCCAGUGUCGACGGCGCAGUUCCCGGCCCAGGCGAACGGGGUUUCCGUUAGCGGCGAGUUCAAACCACCGACCGGUCUGCCGCCGCAGUGACUAACCGUCCAUCCUGCCGCCUACUAGCAAGCAGGAAUACCGCUGAGAUUUCAGCGAUGCUUCGGUCACGCGUUACAGACCGACGCCGCCACCGCUGCCGCUGCCGCUGCCGCCGCCGCC